UAGGGAGCUCUCCGCCUCUGAACUACCUAACUUAGUAACAAUAAGGGUGACCUGGUGUCUCAGCUAUCUAAAGGUCCGACUGCCGCUGCCUCUCGACUAAGCCUGGCCCUAAACAACAACCUUGGAACCUUCAAACUAUCCGUCCCCUACAUAUAACUUACGCAAGACCGCUCACGCGUCCCCCGAACGAAGACAAGCGAUUGCGUCGCCUCCAGACCGACAGGAAUAGUCGUCAGGACCCACGAAACUGACCGAAUCACCGCCACAUCCCAGCUAAGCUUCUACGCUUGACUACUUCAAUAUGGCGUCAAGGAAGAAGGUGCUUCUCAAGGUUAUUAUCCUUGGCGACAGCGGUGUCGGGAAGACCAGCUUGAUGAACCAAUAUGUCAACAAGAAGUUCAGUGCCAGCUACAAGGCCACUAUUGGUGCCGAUUUCCUGACCCGAGAGGUGCUGGUGGACGAUAGGCAAGUCACGAUGCAGCUCUGGGAUACGGCCGGCCAAGAGCGCUUCCAAUCUCUCGGUGUUGCUUUCUACCGCGGUGCCGACUGCUGUGUCUUAGUGUUCGACGUCAACAAUUCUAAGAGCUUCGAUGCUCUAGAUAGCUGGAGAGAUGAAUUCUUAAUCCAGGCUUCGCCACGGGACCCUGAGAAUUUCCCCUUUGUGGUUCUCGGCAACAAGAUCGACGUCGAGGAAAGUAAGCGAGUGAUCUCAAGUAAGAGAGCAGCUACAUUCUGCCACUCCAAGGGUGACAUUCCGUACUUCGAGACGAGUGCCAAGGAAGCUAUCAAUGUUGAGCAAGCUUUCGAAGUCAUUGCGCGAAACGCACUUGCUCAGGAAGAGUCCGAAGAGUUUAGUGGAGAUUUCCAGGACCCUAUCAACAUCCAUAUCGAGAAUGACCGUGAUGGUUGCGCCUGCUAAGCGACAGCGACACGCUGUGCCCUACUCAGUUCCUUCACGUUUCCAUCAUGAACCAACUAAUACCCGACCCGCAAGAGAGGAAUAAUUUAUCCUAGUGUGUGGCGUCAGCCAUUACGCUGUCUGUACUCCCUGUGUGAACCCGACUAGCAUGAAACCAUGCUCAAAGUUCUGCUCGACUGGGACCAAGCCGACAUUACAGGACAACAUCGAGCGGUUUAUCAUCACUCCAAAGAGAAUGUGUAUAGAGGAGGUGAAAUUCGUGGUUGCUAUGCCGCGUUAAGCGAAGCUCACAACUCGAGCAAUAUUGAUACCGCGCCAGAAUACCCCUAAGCUCUCCUAUUAUGGUUAGAUGCCGUUUUGAUAUAUUACAGGGCAGAACUUCGUUUCUUUGGCAUUUGUUGUACUAUUAUCGACUUGACCCGAUUGUGAAACAAAUUCAAUCAUAUAAGCCUACGUAGGUAAAUAAAGGUCUGCACAAAUA